AUGAGGAUGUCGAUGCGCGAGACGACGGCGGCCAUGCAGUGCUGCGGCGACGACGACGCGCUCCUCCUGUGCGGCGAGGACGCGGGUGAGCUGGAGCAGCGCGACGGCGACUCGGGGCGGCAGGUCUGCUGGGCCGCCGCCGGCGGCUUCCGCAAGCAGCUGGUGCCGGACGAGGAACGCUGCCCCGACGUGUCCGUCACCUGGUGGGAAGCCGCGUGCCCGCCGGCGCCGGGAUGCCCCGGCAGGCCGAGAAGCGACGGGCGGCCGGCCGGCUGGGCGGAGUCCGUGUCCUGGAUCCUCAAGGCCCGGUCGUACCACGGCUUCCAGCCGGCGACGGCCUACCUCGCCGUGAGCUACAUGGACCGGUUCCUGUCCUCCAGUAGCCUGCCGGAUUACGGAUGGGCGUUCCAGUUGCUAUCUGUGGCCUGCUUGUCUCUGGCUGCCAAGAUGGAGGAAACCUCAGUACCUCCCCUCCUGGAGCUUCAGAUUGAGAGCACAGGCUACAUUUUCGAACCGGGGACGGUUCAAAGGAUGGAGCUCUUCGUCCUCGCCGAGCUGGAUUGGAGGCUCCGGUCUCUUACACCUUUUGCGUUCAUCAAUCGUUUUGCUUGCAAGGCGGAUUCGUUAGGAAGAUGCACAAGGAGUCUGGUCUUGAGAGCAUGCCAAAUUACUAUCAAUGCAAUCCAUGAAGCCGAGUUCCUGAACCACUGCCCUGCAACAAUGGCAGCAGCCUCCGUGCUGAGCGCAGUAACUGAGAUACCAGGCAUGUCAUGUGUGAGCAUCAGCCCGGAGACAGCAGCUUCAUGGUGCCCUGGCCUGACUGAGGAAGGGAUUAGAAGUUGCUACCAGCUACUGCAGCAGCUAGUACCAAUGGUCACGACGACAAGGAGGAAGAUACUUGCAUCGGAGCUGCUGAGGUCAAUGCCGUCACCAGUAAGCUCGGCUUCACCAAGCAAAAGGCACAAGAUUAAUGGCCGCUUCCGAGAGGAGUGACAAUAAUCCAGUUCUUUGCUGCCCUCAGUGUUAAUCCCCCGGCAUUAUCUGUUACUAGAUGAGUCUGUUCCCCUUUUUUCCUCCCUUUGUUGCUGUUGUGCUUCAAGUGCUGAGCAGCUAAAAUAAAUAUAUUUUUUGUAGUCUAUUCAGCAAAAAAAAAAGGAACAUGUAUAUUUGGACAUAAAUGUGGGGGGACUACAGAAAGAAUGCACCUGCUGCAUGAUGAAUUCAGGGGGACCAUUAGAGCAACAACAACUAGUGAUGAAUUCCUUUUAGGAAAGUGAUGCAAAAGUGAAGCAAGGGCUGCAUUCAGUUUGACACUUUUAGACUGGAAAUUAUCCUGGGUGGGUUGGUCAAGUUAGGUGCCACUAGCAUGCGGAGCAAAUGAGCAACAGCAUAUCCUUCCUGUUUGUCUAUUGCAAAGCAGCGAGUUGAGGUGUUUGUUUAGGUAAAACUGAUUAGCCCUCUUUUGGUGCACUACUUGAGCAAUCUAUAGGAUCAUAGCAAUAUGGUCUGUUUGUGUUGGUUAUACCUGCACCAUUGUGGCA